GAGAUCUCUGGUGAAACGCGUUGCUCCUUAUUUGGCUGGUCGGAUAAGAGAAAAUCAUCGAUUGCUUAAUUUUUCUUCUGCUUCUGCUCUCAAAGAAGCAUCUUCUUCUUCUUCUUCCCAAUCUGAGUCGUCUUCUAUUGAUGUCGUCCAUCUCAGCGACAAUUGUAUCCGGAGGAUGAAAGAGUUACAAUCUAGUGAGCCGGAAAAGAAACUGCUUCGCUUGGGCGUAGAGACGGGAGGCUGUUCUGGUUUCCAGUAUGUGUUUGAGCUUGAUAAUAGAACCAAUCCUGAUGACAGGGUUUUCGAGAAGAAUGGUGUCAAAUUGGUUGUAGAUAAUGUUUCAUACGACUUCGUUAAAGGUGCUACGGUUGAUUAUGUCGAGGAACUGAUCCGUGCUGCUUUUGUGGUAGCUGAAAACCCGGCCGCAGUGGGUGGAUGCAGUUGUAAAAGCUCCUUCAUGGUGAAACAGUGAUCAUUGACUCAAUCUUCUUUAUAUGGAUUAGAAACCAAAUUUGAUCUUUUGUUUAUUACAUGUAUAAUGUCAGAAGUUUUGCUAUGUAUCAAAAGGCAUAACUAGGGAAAGAUACAAAACUCUGUAGGCUUCUAAAGCUCAACAAGUGAUUUGUUCAUCCUAUUUUUAAACAAUAAUGGAAAGAUUUAUAC